GAACGAUAGGAGGCAAAGGAGAGAAGGGGAAGAGAGGGGUAAAGAGAGAGAGAGAGGGUGUGAGAUUAUGAUCGGUACCGGCGAGAGAUAAAGAGGAGACUGCAGACUUUAAUUUCGAGGAUAGUUCCGACGAGAGAGAGAGCUUCGGAUAUGCAACGAAACAAUAAUUUACGUAACGUCGCAUCUUAUGAUCGGGGAUGCUCUCACACGCCUCGCCUCUACUCCGACGCACAGUGUGCUGUUAUCGGGAUGUAAACGCCUGUUUUCACAGUGGUCAUCGAUGCGUCAGCCUCGAACAAUUCGGCCGUCGUCGCGUCGACGCCGAAGAGCGAAACCGGUAUUUUUGGAAAAACCGAAAUGCGCGGGAAUGUCGAAUUUUCUCUCCCGGGGAGCUACCCGGCGACAUCUCCCCCUCCCUCCCUGGCCCUGCAUCUCCAGUGGUUGUUACGUCCCAUAGAUUCAUACAAAGAGAAGGAAAAAUCACAACGCUCGACGGCGCUUUUCGUUCAGUCGUCCUCGCCGAGUCGUCCGGUUGAGAGAUCGGCCCUGCGCGCGUCACUCGCUCCUGUCGAGAAUUCGAGGACGCGUGCAGUCUCGCAGGCCGACGGAAUCGACACGUCGCGAUUUUGCGGAAAAUUCGCUUCUCCGACGUCGCGCGCGGCUUAGGCGGCGGCGGCGGCGACAGAAACGGCGGAAGAAUCAGGGCGCGGGGAGGUGCGGGAGGACACGGAACGGAACGCGGACGAGCGCGUGCAUGCGAACGCGCACCGUUGUGAACGUCGCCCCGCCCGCGCGUUGAUCGCUCCGAUCGCGCGCGCGGCGGUCGUGCCAUACACACACACAUACACGUACACGCACCACAUACACGAGCGGCGACGACACGACGACGAGGGGAGGAUGGUCGCUCGCGGGAACGGCCGCGUUCGCUAGCUAAGCGAGCGCGACUACGCUCCGCUAUUCCGUUCUAGCGAAAUAGCCUCGCGGUGCAGACUGAUCCGUUCUUCGCGAGCCCGGGAGCUGAGUAUCUCCACUGGCAUGGAGCUAGGAGCGCACUGAUAGCGAUAGUUUAUGAGAUCUUGGUUUCUAUGCAUUGCCUGCCAAAGAAGAACUGAGCCCAAUGUUUCCACACAAUUCUAGUUCACAUGAGAUUUCUACAGAAACAAAUGCCUUCGUACAAAAUUCCGUGGGGUAUGUAGUAGUAUUAAAGGAAAGCAGUCUGGAUGGGGUGGGGGAAGGGGAAGGAUUAGAGCACACUUGGUACUGUGAUAUCGAAUCCAUAAACAGCAGCACGAUGGCAGCACCUAUUAGCCAUCCCGAAGCUACCGCCGCCAAUGACUUUUCAACCGUCCUGCCGAACCAAGCUGGUGAGUUGGACUCAACCGGCAUAGGUAAGGCCUGCCAGUCAGUGGCGCCAGCAACCACAAAAUACCCAACAAAUCACCUUCUAAUCUGCGAUAAUAAUAAUAAAAUAAAUAAUCACAACAAUGCAGAACAUAAUCAUCACAAAUACAGAAAGCAAAACACACCGGGCUUGCUUGGUCAGCUGGGCAGCUCCGCCAAUAACUCUAAGUCUACUUGUAAGACGUUAAGUGAUAAUAAGACUAGCUUUAGCCAUCUAAACUUUAGGGUACUAAGGUAUUUAAUAAGUGGAUAUCUGCGCGCUGUAAGGGACAAAAAGUGUCGCAUCGUUGGGGUACCUAGCCUAGUUAGGAUACCCAAGUCUGAUAGUCCCCAACGGUUGUUACGCCUCCCUAACUCUGUCGACAAUUACUCCUUACUAGGGUCCUGCCUUGACCUGGGCGACAACAAUAAAUUUAAGGCUAAUUUUAGUUACGUAAAUAAUAACAACUCCAAGUCUGUGAUAUUGCUCAGCUCAACCAGUUACAGUAACCAUUACCUCCUCUUUAGUGGUGGCUUUGACAAGAUAGCUGCUGUUAUCCCGGUACUUUGUAUUAAAAGGGACGAUUCCACCACAUCGAAUAGAAUGAAACUACUAGGUGAUAAGUACGCCCUAGUUACCAGUUUUGCUCAGACCUCCAGACUGCUUGCAAACGAUAGAAUUCUGGAUGAUAACUCUGACAUCCGAGUUUCUCUGAGCCGCCGAAUAGUACGACACCUUCUGGAAUCGCAUUUCGAUGGCAACACUCUAGUAUCGGUGUCUGUCUAUGCUCAGAAUUUCGCGAUGUACGCCGCCAGUUCUUCCAUUACGCUUAUCGUUUCCAUAAACGAAGUAAUUGACCACACUUUGCGAUCUUUCCUGAAAAGUCUCACGCUACUGUAUGUACAAUCUUGUAUUUCUCCAUUAUGUAAUGUCACUGUGACCGAGCUGAUGCAACACAUAUGUGUUCCACUAUUAAUAAUAUGUAAAAGUAAUGAUUACAACGUUGGUAAUAAUAAUGAAUACUAUAAUAACGAGAACAUUAACGUUGGUAGUAUUGAAGAAGAAAUUAAUAUUAGUAAUAAUAACCAAGAUGUUAUCGGAGACAUUGUUGACAUCGCUGUGUGCUACAAGACUAGUGUAAUGACUACUAAUGUUAGAAUCUUAGGGUCUCAAAAUGAUGGUAUUAGUUGUACCGAAGCAACAAUAUUUACUGUUGGUGCUCUUUUAUUUCAGGAUAACAAUAAGUCUAAUAAGCUUCUAAACACUUGUUUUAAGAUUAGUAGGUAUAGGGGAUCGGCUACUGCCGAUCGCGAAUCUAACUCUACCAUUAAGUCUGUAUCUAAGUCUACGCUAAGCGAUAAGUGUAACGUUAAGUUUGAAACAUCUCAUACCGCUCGACUUGACGAAUCUGACAACAGAAAGCAAGUUAAGUUGACUGUCAACAUUCCUAUAAUGACUACCUGCAAGCCUACGAUGACGCUUACAUGCCAAUCAGCCACCGUCGCAUCCCAAACAAUUGUUGUACCUGUAUCUCGGGCGGAGAGUCGCACGAACGACAAGGAAAUGCGAUUGGAAUAUUUCAAUAUACUCCAAAAUGACCAAAUAUGUAUCCAGUAUAUGUUGCUAAGUCACACAGAUGAUCUUAAGAAUGACUUAUGUCAUUAUGACGCUAAAUUUAAAGACGUGCAAAAUUAUGCUAUCGACAAGCUCAAGGCAACAUCGAAAGAUGACUCGGCUCAGUUGAUCUGCAAAUAUGACCAAGAAGCUCUUAGACACGACCGAGCUCGUAAGAAUGACAAUGAUGAUGAUGAUGAUGAUGACGAUGACGAUGACGAUGACGAUGAUGUUGAUGAUGAUAACGUCAUCGCAAGCAACAGCAACGAAAAUUUCAUUGCACCGUCUACAUCGCAAUGGUCAUCCCUUAUAAUGCGUACGUGCACGCUACUUUCUGCUUGUCGAGCAGCGUGCGAGAAUAACGGGAGCAAAUGUGAGCUUCAACGGCGCCAACUGAGAUCCACUCUGGACGUCCUGUUUCGCAAGUUGUCUUAUUUACAUCGGAACGUCUACGAGCCUAUUGCAAGUUACAAACAACGUUGGGGUAUACCGCUGAUAUUGCACUUGGCAGGAGGUGGGGAGAGUUCUUUGAAUACUGGAGGAGCUGCUAACUGGGGAUCGACACAAGCCACUACUCCAAAUAACAACAACGCAAGCCAAAGUGGAUGGGGUAGUACACCAGGGAAUCCAUCUGGUAGCACUAACGCUCCCAGCAAUUGGGGCGGCAACACCGUCAAUCGAUCUGUUACGGGAAAUCCGAAUCAAAAUCAAAAUCAAGGGCCACCUGGUAACCAAAAUACACCGGUAGGAAAUGUGGGUAAAGUAAACAAUCCCAAUCAGCAAUCCAAUCAACAAUCUGGUCCGCCAACGUCUCAAUCAAAUAACCCUACCCAAGGAAAUCAGAAUAAUAACCAAUGGCCUCAGGGAAAGUCUAAUCCAGGUGGUCUCGGGCAAAACCCGUCAGUGCAAAACAACAACAACAGUGGUGUUCAGCAGCAGCAAUCCUCAGGUUCAAGUGCAAGUAAUAAUCAGUCGAACAAUCCUACUCAAGGGGCUGUGAGUAUCGGAAGCACUUCGGCAAGCAACAAUCCAUCUACGAAGCAACAACUUGAACAACUCAAUACGAUGAGGGAGGCACUUUUCAGUCAAGACGGCUGGGGCUGUCAACACGUGAACCAAGACACAAAUUGGGACGUACCAACAUCUCCUGAGCCGUCUAUGACAAAAGAUGGUGUACCCAUCUGGAAGCCGCCGGUGAACAAUGGCACCGAUCUCUGGGAGGCUAAUCUGCGCAACGGGGGACAGCCGCCGCCUCAACAGCAGGCGAAAACUCCGUGGGGCCAUACACCCGCGACGAACAUUGGCGGCACUUGGGGUGAAGACGACGAGACAGCGGAUUCGUCGAACAUGUGGACAGGUGCACCGACGCCGUCGCAGCCGAACGCUGCUCAAUGGACCGGUGCAGCCGGUAACCAAGCCGGAUCCAACUGGGGUGAUCCUAGAAUAGACCAUAGAGAUCCGCGAGACUUGAGAUCUGUUGAUCCAAGAGAGAUGCGUGAUCCUCGGGAUCAUCGUAUGUCUUUGGAUCCCAGAGAUCAUAUGCGUGUUAUGGAUCCUAUGGCACGUGAUCCGCGAAUGACCGACAUGCGUGGCGAUCCACGUGGGAUAUCAGGGCGACUGCACGGUGCAAAUGCAGAUGCGAUGUGGAACCAACCGCCAGGUCCACCGCAUCAUCAGAUGGGACAUCAACAUCCGUCUGGACCACCGGCCAAGAUGCUCAAUCCUUCGAAUAUGAAUCAAUGGGCUGCUCCUCCCCCAAAGGACAUUAUGCCUGGCAAACCCUCUGGCUGGGAGGAGCCGUCACCACCAACUCAACGGAGGAAUGUACCCAAUUACGAUGACGGUACUAGCCUUUGGGGAAAUCCAGCUGCUAAUCAACGUGCCUUGCAAACUACCAAGGUAUCGCAUUGGAAGGAUAUUCCCGCACCUAACUUGGCUCGUGGAGGUAUGCAAUGUCCGCCGGGAAUGCCUCAGAACAGGAUGCCAGGGCAACCUGGAAUGAAACCUGACGUAGGCGGACCCAUGUGGGGUCAUCCAGGUGCCCCUAGUGGACGCAACGGAACUUGGACAGACGCUCCACACGACACCGCUUCUUGGGAUGAUCCGAAGACUCCGGCAACGUGGAACGAGCCUCAGCUAAAUCCAGCAGCCUGGGGUGCUCCUACUGCGCACAAACCAAAGCCUAUGGGACCCACCGGUAGCUGGGGUGACUCCGAUAUGGACCCGACUCCUAGCUGGGCGCAUACUGCGAAACCUACACUGACGAAGGAGGUGAUCUGGAGUAGUCGCGAGUUCCGUUAUCUUUGUGACUUAGGAUUCAAGAAAGAGGAUGUGGAACUAGCACUGAGGAACCGAGAGAUGAAUCGAGAGGAGGCAUUGGAACUUCUCAAUCAGAUACGUCCUGUUGAUCAAUGGAGACGUCACGACACGCAUUCGGGCUAUGAUCCGACGCAUCAAGCAACUACUGCGCCAGCUUAUCCUCGAUUUAAUCACGUAGCACAGCAGAUGUCAUUCCCUCCGGGCGGAGGAGUGCCCAGCGGGGCAACCAGUGGGGGUGUGGGUGGUUCUGUGACCAGUGCUAGUCUUCUCAAACUUCAGCAACAGCAACAGCAGCAGACAGCUGUUCCGCUACAACAACAACAACCAAGUACCAAUGCGCCACAACCCCCUUUCAACCAGGCGUCUCGCGCAUCACAGAAUCAGCCAAGUACGCAGCAAUUGCGUAUGCUCGUGCAACAGAUUCAACUGGCUGUUCACGAAGGAUAUCUGAAUCAUCAGAUUUUGAAUCAACCACUGGCGCCCCAAACUCUGAUGUUACUGAAUCAACUUUUGCAACAGAUCAAGGUCUUGCAACAGUUGCAUCAACAGCACACGGUGCAAAGUACCAUGAAGGGCAACAAUCAGUCAGUUCUGCAGAUCAGCGUUCAGAUUACAAAGACGAAGCAGCAGAUCACGAAUUUGCAGAAUCAAAUCGCGGUGCAACAAGCAACAUACAUGAAGCAACAACAGCAGCAUCCGGCGCCUCCAUCUCAGGCGUCAGAAUAUUACAAAUCUUCUGUGCACGAUCCUAUGUCAGCUCUGCAGAACAGUUUCAGCGACUUGACGAUGAACAAGGAGGCACCAGUGAGUCAACAGCAGUCCAGAUUAAACCAGUGGAAAUUGCCAUCGCUCGAUAAAGAUGGCGAUCUAGUAUCGAAUGAAUUCUCCCGUGCUCCUGGAACUACGAGCAAACCACCCACAACACCCGGUGGCUUGACUCAGUCACACAGCAGUCCGAAUAUGAAUCCUUUGUUAGGCCAAAGUGAUGGCACGUGGUCUUCGCGGCUCGGCGACAGUGGUUGGCCCGAUCCAAGUAACAGCGAUUCGACUGACGGAAAGGAUUGGCAACCGGGUGGUGCCGCAUUCACAGACCUCGUGCCAGAAUUCGAACCGGGGAAGCCAUGGAAGGGUACCCAGAUGAAAAGCAUCGAGGAUGAUCCUAGCAUCACUCCCGGUUCUGUCGUACGUUCGCCGUUGUCUUUGGCUACUAUCAAGGAUCCGGACGCGAUCUUUUCGUCAAGCAGUAAGACCUCACCGCCACCGCAAACCAGCAAUCCAGACACAUCUAUCCCGAGUCUAAGCAACUCCACAUGGACGUUCAAUCCACCGGCCACUACACCGAGUGCAUUUACCAGCAGCUCUAAGAAUACGUGGGGAGAGUCCGCCCCGCCACCUACUGCUGUGACUUCGGAACUUUGGGGUGCACCGAUGAGUAAAGCACGCGGUCCACCUCCAGGCUUAGGUAGCAAAGGGGCUACGAACACGAGCAAUGGGUGGGCUGGACUGGGUAGUGUCAGUAGAUCCUCCAGUUCAUGGGGUCUGCAAUCUUCCACGGUCAGCAAUUCCGGUUGGAUGUCUACUUGGCUCUUGCUGAAGAACCUAACACCGCAAAUCGACGGCUCGACUUUGAAGACGUUGUGCGCGCAGCAUGGGCCGGUUCAAGACUUCCGUUUAUACCAGAAUCACGGAAUCGCGUUGACGAAAUAUUCCACUCGCGACGAAGCAAUCAAGGCACAAGGCGCCCUAAACAAUUGCGUCCUGGGUAACACAACGAUAUUUGCCGAAUCGCCAGCAGAGAGUGAAGUGCACACUAUUCUGCAGCAGCUCGGCCAUGGCGGACAGCAACAGGCCGGCGGUUCUGGCGGUGCUGGAUGGGGCCUUAGACCAACUAACAAAGCCGGCCCACCGCCCGACACUUGGGGUGGUAGCUCCAGCCAGCUCUGGGGUGUCCCGCCCACCAGCAAUUCCUUGUGGAGUAACGCGGGAAUAGACAACAGCGACCAGCAACGAGCAACUCCUAGUUCUCUCAACUCGUAUUUACCCGGAGAUCUUCUGGGAGGUGAGUCGAUGUAGAGAGCGAGAGGCCAUCCGCCCGAAAUCUCGUCAAAUAGGUGAAAAAAAAGAAAUCUACUUGUUUGUGACGUAAGCCCAAAGAUGCAGCUCGGCUGACGCAAACUUCGUGAUCAAAUAUGUAUUAUUCCCCUCCCAAUCCCCCCAAUCUGCCGCUUAUUCCUCUGAGACACAAAGUGCAUAAGAUGUAUAUGCGAGUAUUAUUGAUUCGCUUUGAGUCUUUGGAUAUGGCCGAUACAAAGUGUAUCUGCCUAUAUAUAUCUAGCGUCGUCGAUAGUGAGCGUGUGCGAGAGAGCAAGAGGAUAAGGGCAGAAGGAUGAGGGAGGGAAAGAGUGACAGAAAGGGUGUGAAAGAGAGAGAAAGCAAAGAGACGGACGAGGUCUUCACGAAACGUCAAUUAUAUUGCUAGGAAAUGCAAUUAUUAUAACGAGUUACUUAACAAAGAAAAAAAAUUACUACCCUCGUAUCCGCCUUGAGUAGAACACGCGUAAGCAAAAAUCGCAGUGGUGUACAGCCAAAUCGUGCGAUAGAUAUCUAAUUUUACAUGACAAGUCACACGUUUACACGCAUACACGUAUGUAAAACACACAUACAUACAUACACACACACACACACACAAACGCGCGCUCACGCACACACACACAUACACACACACACGUAUACGUGCAACAUGUGCAUACACGCAACGGACAAACUCGUAGAGGGGAAAAAAAAGAAAAAAAAAGAAAAAGAAAAAACAGCGGCACUUGCGAGUACGAAUUUUGCGGUCGCGUCAUUACUGCGAGGAGACUUGUGGAUUGCGGAAGAUCAAGUUGGACCAAUUGCAAGAGGUCUCUUCGUCACAUUGGUGCGUAUACUGCGUGCGAUCUGCCACGAUAUGUAACGACGACUGGCGUUCUCGUCGUUUCAAGCCAAUCUAGUAAGCAUGUAUUUCUAAUCUGAAGAUUAAUGUAGAGAGGACAAAAAAACGAAGAAAAAAAAAGAGAGGAAGAAAGAAGAGGACUCUAUCCACGCUCUCUGCCGUUUCGCUGUGAAGGGAGGGCGCCUUUCAAUGAAGAUUUAUCGGCCGAGGGUCUCUGAUCAGGUCAAAGAGUGUUCCAUUUUUGCUGGACAGUUCCGAAGACUGCAGCGAGUAUCAAAUGUAGACUGUAUCAAUCUAAUCAAAAGAAAGAAACCUUAAAAACAAGCAUUGACGUCGCUGCCUGGUGUUCUGCCCGUGGCAUCACCCCCCCCCCCCCCCCACCGCACUCUCUGGAUCCCCGACAUGGAAGAAAAUGAGUAAUGCAGGGAUAUCAGAUCAACUGGGCAACGACGCAACGAUACCAAAUGUUAUCGCAAUAACGUAAAUUUUAUUCUAUAUUAAAUCUAGAUGCCACCUGUCGUGCCAAUGUCCAGUGUGUCUCUUUACCAUUUAUUAACGUAGAGUUUAAAUGAAGAAGAGGAAGGAGGAGGAAAAAGGGAGAGGAUGGAGAAAAAGAAGAUAAAUAAGAGAAGAGAAUGAGAGAAUACGAGAAGAAAACAGAUCGGCGAGAUGAGAUUUCAUGGACGAAGCGUUGAGAAAUACCGAGAGAAAGAGAGAGUGAGAGAGAGAGAGAGAGAGAGAGAGAGAGAGAGAGAGAGAAAGAGAGGAGUGUGUUGAUGAAACAGGGCGAAGAACUGGCUGAAAAUCGGGUUCACACAUUAAAGUAAACACAAUGAAUACCACGUACUAAUUGCUGGUAUUAGCAUAUUACGCUUCUCGUUAGUGAUGUUCGAACGAGGAAUCACAAUGGUCCACGUAAGAUCGUAACGCGAGUAAUGGCGGUGUUACGAAUGGCAUUUAUUGUCGGCACAUGGAGUCGAGCGGAGCUCGGUCUCUCUAGGGUGAAUUUAAAUUAGUUUUUCUCUCAACGUCAAAGGUACCUGAACGGACUGAUAACCAAACGACGAACAAGCGAAUCGUUAUUUACUCAUGCACAACAAUUUCCUUUUUACUUUCCGCUUCUCCGUGUCAGCGGAGUGUCGGGGAAACGUUUCGCGAAUCAAUCACUGGCGCAACCGCGAACGACGUGAAAGAGACGGCUUUUACCCUCCAUGAGAGUAUCUCGGGGAGAAAAAGCGAGAAGAGCAAGAGAGA